AGCGACUAUCGGUCAAGCCGUCAGUCGUUGCCUCUCCUCCAAACUAGCACCAGAUUAGCAGACCAACAGCCUCCGCGAUGGAUUUGACCCCCGAACUUCAGAAGAGAGCUGAGCAGGACCUGAACGAGGACCCCAGGAGGCGAGGCGAGGACAUAAAGCACAUCAGGGACUGGCUCAGCAAGCAACCACACAUUAAAGCCAGGACAGAUGACGCUUGGCUGCUAGCGUUCCUGCGAGGCUGCGAGUUCUCGCUGGAGAGGACAAAGGAGCGGCUGGACAAUUACUACACACUGCGCUCCCUCAUGCCGGAUGUUUUCGAUAAUCGGGACCCACUCGGCAAGGAGCUGGUGGCCGCAGUCAGCGCCAGGGUGCUGCUGGAGCUACCGGAGCCGGACGAGCGUGGCAGCCGGGUGUUCCUGCUGCGGCUGGGCGCCGCCGACCCGGCCACCAUCCCCGUGGAGAGGGUCUUCAAGCUGAACUUCAUGGCGGGCGACCUCAUGCUGCGCGACGACCCGGCCGCCAUCAUCUGCGGCAACGUCAUCCUGCUGGACCUGGACGGCGCCAACAUGGGCCACGUGCUCCAGAUGACGCCCGCCUUCGUGUCCAGGAUCAUGACCAUCCUGCAGGAGGCGUACCCCCUGAGGACGCUGGCGAUCCACUACAUCAACGCCCCCUCGGCGGUGGACGUGGUCAUGUCGCUCUUCAAGAACUCCCUCUCUGGCUACCUGGCCACACAGUUUCACCAGCACGCUGACCUGGAGUCACUUCACAAGUUCUUCCCAAAGAGGAUUCUGCCGAAGGAAUACGGCGGGGAAGCGGGAACAUUGGCAGAGCUCAACGAGCGAUUCCGCAAACGCCUCGAGUCCCGGCGGGACUUUUUCCUGGAGGACGGCAAGUACGGAGUGGACGAGAAGCUGCGCCCCACCGCCGCCCGCUCCAAGGCGCGCCGCGACGUCUUCGACAUGGCCGGCUCCUUCAGGCAGCUCGCCGUAGACUGAUCUCCUGAAGACGGUCCACCGUCCGAAACGCCCCUGAUCUUCACAGUACCUGUGACGCUGUGCGUGGACCUACAAACUUUCGUAGUGCUGGAUUCAUUACUAGCUCCAAAGGACAGAAUACCAACAAUCUACUUGAAAGCUGAAAAAAAUUGGACAAACUAUGUCGCGCUUUUGAUUACUUCGAAUUUUACUUCUUGUAGCUUUAAAUUUUCUUUCACGAAAGAAUAGCAGAAAGCGAUGGAAAAAUCUAAGUAUUAAGAUACCAGUGCAAAGUGAAACGACAGUCCAGAUCAACAUAAUUACACUCACAGAAAAAGCAAUGAAUAUUUCACAAUAAUACUUCUAAAAACAUUUCGCGUAUGCGUGAGUUUCUGUAUCUGUAUAGUUUGCAUGAGUGUUAAUAACUAUGUUCGGAGAGCAUUCAGUUACUAGGUGUAAAAUAAUUUCAGAAAGGUCACUCAGGUGUCGAAAAGGAGUGUGAAAUUGAUUUCACUUGUAUUGAUAGCCGCUUAAUUAUUUUUUAACAUUUUGUUCUAGUGUUUUACUUACUAAAUAAGUAACUGGGCGCUAUUCUGUCCCGUCUUGUUUGCUACGAGAAGCAGCAUUCGAUUUUUCACGCCCGCCGUGUGUCUUUUACAGCAUUUAGUUUCCGAUUUUAUUACCAAUAAGGAUUAUCAGUUCGCUAAAAUUAGUUUAAAAUGUAGGUAACUUCCUGUAGUUUUUUACAGACGUGCUGUUAGCUUCUGUGCCGUUUCUGAAAUUCAAAACAAUUUAUGUCAGUUUCCAAAACACAUUUUCAUUAGUAAUUACUACAGUAAUUACUACAGAAAUCUAUUGUUUUAUAACUCUUUAUUCAUAAUAAUUAUUUAUAAUGUAGAACCCCAAACCAUAUUACAG